AUGAUCCAGCAACUUUUUACCUGGCUUUGAACUGCAUUGAGGAAUCUUCACCUCUUCAAUGACACUGGAGAUCACAGCACUGGAACAUUCGGGAUUAUGAGGCUGCAAAGAUGUAUGAAGAGCAGUGAAGGCAUAGCAACUUAAUUCUCAACACGGACAGAGCAACGGUUUGGUUUCUGCAGCAGCUGAAUUGUAAUAUCCUGUGGUCAUGGAGGCCACUACCCAGUCACCUCCCUUCACCACUGCAGGCUCUGCGGGAGCCUUUCCACAGCAGUCACUGGAGGCUGUUGACAUUGUAGUGCUAGUCCUGUACUUCAUAUUUGUUCUUGCAGUUGGCCUUUGGUCUAUGUGGAAAACUAACAGAAGCACUGUUGAUGGAUACUUCCUGGCGGGAAAGAAUAUGAUUUGGUGGCCUGUUGGAGCUUCACUGUUUGCCAGUAAUGUGGGGAGUGGACAUUUCAUAGGGCUGGCUGGGUCGGGAGCUGCAUCUGGUAUAGCAGUGACUGCUUACGAGUGGAACGGAAUGUUCAUAGUGCUGCUACUGGCCUGGCUAUUCCUGCCGAUUUACAUUUCAUCUGGGGUGACAACCAUGCCUGAGUAUUUGAAACGAAGAUUUGGGGGGAAAAGAAUACAAAUAUAUAUUGCUGUUUUAUAUUUGUUCAUUUAUAUUUUUACUAAAAUAUCGGUUGAUAUGUAUGCAGGAGCAGUGUUCAUCCAGCAAGCCUUGCACUGGGAUCUUUAUGUGGCUGUCGUGCUUCUGCUCGCCAUCACAGCCCUUUACACUGUGGCAGGAGGGCUCGCUGCAGUAAUCUACACAGACGCCCUGCAGACAGUUAUCAUGCUGAUUGGUGCUUUGAUACUCAUGGUAUUCAGCUUUAUUCAGGUCGACGGGUGGGAAGGGCUGCAAGAUAAAUACUUUGACGCCAUUCCCACGGUCCGUGACACAAACACCACCUGUGGACUGCCGCGCCAGGACGCUUUCCACCUCUUCCGGGACCCCGUGACCUCCGACCUGCCCUGGCCAGGGGUGCUUGUGGGAAUGACUGUUCCAUCCAUCUGGUAUUGGUGCACUGACCAGGUCAUUGUCCAGAGAUCCUUGUCUGCCAGGAACAUGCUCCAUGCCAAGGGGGGGUCCUUGUUUGCUUCCUACAUGAAGGUGCUGCCUUUCUUCAUGAUGGUCCUGCCUGGCAUGAUCAGUCGCAUUCUCUACCCAGACGAAGUUGCUUGUGCAGAUCCUGAUAUCUGUACACAGGUCUGUGGUAAUGCAUUAGGGUGUUCUGAUAUUGCUUACCCAAUGCUGGUUAUGAAACUUUUACCUGUAGGGUUGCGAGGCCUAAUGAUGUCCGUGAUGAUCGCGGCCCUCAUGUCUUCUCUGACCUCCAUCUUUAACAGCUCCAGCACCAUCUUCACCAUGGACCUCUGGCGCUACUUCCGUCCUCGCGCCUCCGAGUGGGAGCUCAUGAUUGUUGGCAGGGUGUUUGUGCUGGUGCUGGUGGUGAUCUCAGUGCUGUGGAUCCCGCUGGUCCAGGCUAGUCAGGGAGGACAGCUCUUCAUCUACAUCCAGUCCAUCAGCUCCUACCUGCAGCCACCUAUUGCCAUUGUCUUCAUGGCAGGCUGCUUCUGGAAGAGGGCCAACGAGAAGGGUGCGUUCUGGGGCCUGGCUCUAGGGAUGCUGUCUGGUUGCAUUCGGAUGGUGUUGGAUUUCGUGUACACCGCUCCACAGUGCAACGAAGAAGACACCCGCCCUGCAGUUCUCAAGUAUAUCCACUACCUCUACUACUCCGUCAUCCUCUCUGUCUUCACGCUCAUCGUAGUUGUCGUGGUCAGCCUGGCCACAGAGCCCCCUGACAAAGAAAAUAUCACUCGACUCACUUGGUAUACAAGGUUUGACAAGCCAGUGCAGCGUGCCCUAGAAAUCAAGACUGUGGAUAACGAUAGAGACUCAUCAAGCCCUGACAGUCAACAGGUGAACAGAGAUGGCAGUUACAGAGGUGAAAAUGGUCAUGACGAGGGACAAGAGUUAUCUACAAUGGAGGACAGUCAUAAACAGGAUUCUAAAGUGAAAUCUGCGAUACUGUGGAUUUGUGGUCUGAAACGCAAGAAUGAAAGAGACAGCCAGGAACCCCCCAAACCUGAACUGAACACUUGCUCUCUGGAUGAAGACCCUUGCAUGAAACACAUCGUGAACGCCAAUCUGAUUAUAUGCAUGUGUAUUGCAGUCUUCUUAUGGGCAUAUUUUGCAUAGAAAACAAUACUGUACAACUGGCACUGAUGUAUAUAAAUGUACACUUGUGCUGUGUUUUUUUUUUUUUUUUAAACACACCACCAGUCCUUUGUGCUGGAGUUAGAAUUCAAAGGUUUGUUUUAUUUAUUCAUAAUAUUCACUUUUGUACUUUUUGCUCAUUUGUUUUUUGACUCAUUACCUAGAUUAAGAUGCACGAUUCAUUCUCCAGAUUACUUUAAUAUUAACAGUUUAUUUUCUAAACAGUUUUCUUUUUUUUUUUUUAAAUGAUGAUGCCAGUGAAAGAGUCGCUAUUAUUUGAAAGCAACAUAAUUAUUCCAGGUUGAUCAGCAUCCUGAAUCUAAACAAGACCAUGUAUUAAAAUGAAGACACAACUGUACAUUUUUAGGAUGACUUGUUCAGUAGUUUCAAACAGGUUUUCAGGUGGCUCACCAGACUAACGCUUUACAGAACGUGAUUCCUGUGGAAGUCCAUCUUCACUCUUUAGUUAAAUCAUCACAGAAAAAUACUGAAUAAGCACUACUUUUAAAUUUGUAUUUAAAUGUUUCUAUUUACAUGUGAACUAAAUGAUCUGAAAACUAUUUCAGAGAUGUCAGUACAACAUAAUGAAUAAAAAAUAUGCAAACCCAACUCAAAUCAAGAAAUAUGAUUUGCCACUCUGGUAGCCAACUAGAUAAUAUAUGCUGUAGUGUUGCACUGCUUUGCAGUUUAAUGAUUUGAAAAAUGUUCUACAUACUGUAUUUUCUAGAGAUUGUCUGACCAACCCCAAAUCAUCUGUACAUAUAACACCUUUGUAGAGACAGAUUUUUGGCACUGCUAAGUCCUUCAGUUUAUUUUGUCUUUGCAAUAUGUUGUACUGAGAAUAUUCAUACAUAUAUAGAAAUGUGUUUGCAAA